AUGGGUGCUGAUAACUUUGAAAGUAGUAAAAAGGAUGAAAUAGAAAUUAUCGAAACGAUGGAGAAAUUUGGUAAAUACCAAAAGGUCCAGUAUUUUUACGCUUGUAUCUCGGCGAUAUUCAUCACAAUGAUUCACAUAAAUUAUGUAUUUGUUGCUGGAGACCUCAAUUAUAGAUGCCGUAUCCCUGAAUGUGAAAAUCAAUACGCAGUUUAUAACGUCACAUGGUGGCCCAGCAGCACUAUUGACAGAUGCACAAGACCAAAACUAAAAGAGAAUUUUGGAGUUGGACAAAAGUGCACCAACGAAAGUUUCACACAUGCGGUCGAAGAAUGCGCUGACUGGGUGUUCGAAACUAACAACACCGUUAUAGCUACACUCAAUCUCGCAUGUCAGCCAUGGAAAUCUAAUUUAAUUGGGACCAUUCACAAUGUUGGAAUGCUGUUAGCCGGUAUAACAUCCGGUUGGCUGACAGAUAGAUUCGGCCGUAAGCCAACGUUAAUUAUCUGCUCCGUGGGAAGUUGCAUUGGACAUUUAAAGACUUUCACGUCAUCGUACUAUUUGUACGUCUUUAUUGAAAUGCUUGAAGCAGCGGUAGCUGGAGGCUCUUACACGGCAGCCAUGGUUUUAAUGAUCGAAAUUGGCGGUAAAAAGAACAGAAUCCUAUCCGGAGUGCUGUUCGCGUACGCUGUUUACAUGGGAGAAUCACUCUUCGCUUGCAUAGCAAUGUUUGUGCCUGACUGGAAGAACCUGAUACGAAUCAUUUACAGCCCUCCUAUCGUCUUCAUUACCUACAUAUUCCUUCUCAAAGAGAGUCCACGAUGGCAAAUACUAAAUGGUCGAGCCGAAGAUGCGAAAAGUACACUUCUUCAUAUAGCCCAACUCAACAAUAUUAAUAUAAACAAGCAAAACUUAGCAAAUAUGAACGCAGAAGGCCUUAAAAAAGAAUUGAAGAUAGAGAAUUAUGAACUCGAGGAGGGUUAUAGCAAUGUAUUGAAAUCGAAAGAGAUUUUGAAACGCGUACUGAUUGGAGCCUUCUGUAGAUUUACUGCCAGCUUUGUUUACUAUGGGUUAAUGGUGAAUUCGGUGUAUUUGCCUGGGAAUCAGUACACGAAUUUCAUGCUUUCUACAGUAAUGUCGUACCCUGGUGAGCUAAUAUCAAUGUAUUUGAUGAACAGAAUAGGAAGAAAGCUUCCAAUGAUGUACGGAUAUUUUACUUGUGGAGUGCUCUGCGUGGCAUCUGGAUGGAUACCCGAGGAAUACACGUGGCUCAAAAUAUCCUCCUUUCUAUUCGGCAAGCUGCUGGUGUCCAUAUGCUACACUGGAGUUAUCACAUAUACAAUGGAACUGUUCCCUACCAGCGUUAGGGGUACCUUACUCGGUGUAUGCGCGUUGGCAUCCAGUACUGGCAAUAUGUUUGCUCCUUUAACACCAAUUCUGAACACCGUCUCCGUCAUCCUUCCAUCGAUGUUUUUUGGCGGUUUUGCCAUUAUCUCUGGAGCUCUCUUGACUCAAACACCUGAGACAAAAGACUUGCCACUGAUAGAUACGAUAGAACAAGUAGAGAGAAGUGCAAAACUAAAAGAAAGACGAAGACGGGGUAUAAGUACGAAAGGAGAAGAUAAUUACGGUUUUGAUAAUAAUAUCAUAGCAUAA